AUGACGGGCACGGCGGGCGGAGGAGGAGGGCGACGCCGGGCGGCCCCGGCUGCGGCGGCGGCGGCGGGCGGGGGCCGUUCCCGGAGCGCACAGCCGCGGGCGGAGGGCGGCGGCGGCAGCGGCAGCGGCGGCUCGGAGGAGGAGGACCCGCCGCGGGACGGCGGCGUGCUGUUCCUCGUCAACCGCAGCGGCUUCCCGCUGGACGGGCAGACGUGGGAGCGCAUGUGGGGACACGUGGAGCGGGUGCACCCCGACGGCAGCGCCGUGGCCGCGGCCAUCCGCAGCGCCGCCAGGCUGGCCCGGCCCUCGGUGCCGCCGGUGCCGAACUACAAGCUCUCCAUGUCUAUCCCAGAAUGGCUCCAGGCAAUACAGACCUACAUGAAGAUGCUGCAAUACAAUCACACAGGAACUCAGUUCUUCGAGAUUAGGAAAAGCAGACCUCUAAGUGGGUUAAUGGAGACAGCAAGAGAAAUGACCAGGGAGUCCCUACCCAUCAAAUGCCUUGAAGCAGUUAUCCUGGGGAUAUACCUGACGAACGGGCAGCCCUCGGUGGAGCGAUUCCCCAUCAGCUUUAAAACCCACUUCUCAGGGAACUAUUUUCAUCACGUGGUGCUUGGGAUUUACUGCAAUGGCCGGUACGGCUCGCUGGGCAUGAGCAGACGAUCAGAUCUGAUGGACAAACCUCUGACGUACCGAACUCUGAGCGACCUCAUCUUUGAAUUUGAAGACUCCUAUAAAAAGUACUUGCAUUCGGUCAAAAAAGUAAAGAUCGGAUUGUAUGUCCCGCACGAGCCGCACAGCUUUCAGCCCAUUGAGUGGAAACAGCUGGUCCUUAACGUCUCCAAAAUGACGCGCACAGAAGUCAGGAAGGAGCUGGAGAAGUUUGCCAGGGAUAUGAGAAUGAAGAUUCUGAAACCCUCAAGUGCCCAUUCUCCAGCAAAAGAGAGGUCACGGGGUAAGUCGUUGUCCCCUCGCCGCAGGCAAGCCACCAGCCCUCAGAGACGAGUGUGCCGGAGAGACAAAUCGCCAGCGGUGGUGGACAAGAAGGGAGACCUGGCUACGCUCAACGAGGUGGGCUACCAGCUCCGCAUCUAACAAAGCCAUAGGCUGGACAGAGAGAGGGCUUCCUUGGUGCUUCCCGCUGCACUUUACCUGCACUCCAGUGGAAGGAAAAAGGAAUGGGACUAUUUAUUAACUCGUGGAUGUUUAAAAUAAAAGUGUUACCUAGGAAAUAGAACGGGGGGAUUUUUAUUUUUAUUUUCGUGGCAGUAUUUAUUUUCAUUUGACUCAUGGAAAAGGCAUCAGUGAAGAGAACCUCAAGUUGCUUGCCAGGAUGUGAGGUCCUUUUCACUCUAUCCUGUGGGAGGUAAUUCCAGUGGUAAGCGAGUUUCUACACGUAGAGUUUUGCUGUACAAGUAUUAAUUGAAUUUGGACAAUGUGCUGGGUAGUAGCUUUGGGACGACUACAAAAUCAAACACAGUCUUAAGAUGUGCUGGGGUGCAGUGUUUAAAAAAAAAUCACAGUAUUAAUAUUUAAUUCAGCAAUAAAAACAAGCAGUGCAGAAGUGGCAUGAGUUUUUAAAUUGUCAACAUUACCUCACUAAACUUAAUAGAUAUGCAAAACUGUCAGUAUUACUGUUUUGUAAUGAAUUUGUACCGUUUCCCAGCAGUUCUGGUAGUAUUGAAACAGCACUGGAUGUGCUCUGCCACCUGUAUUAUUGUUUUGUGCAUGUUGCUGAAAGAUGUUAGGUAAUAGUAAUAUGCAAGUGUAUUCUUAAACACUGACAUCUUCAGAAAAAAAAGUUUUUUUUAAAUGACAGUAGUUGAAUAAUGCAUUUCUAAACUUUAAUAAUUUUUUAUACUUUGUCACAAGCUUUUAGUCUUUCCAGACUACACUGCUGAAGCACAAAAACUAGAGAUUGCUAUUUUAGAGAGACAAGUGUUCAUGUACUAGUUUGUUUCUUGUAUAUGUUCUUGGAAUAAUAGAGAAAAUGUCAGAAUU